CUCGGAGAUCGCCAUGGUCAUGGUCGUCACUUUUCCAUUUGCAAUGAACAGCGCCAACCAGAAGACCGCCUUGGUGGCUGCCGGCGUCGUCACCGGCGUCGCCGUGAGCUCGUUCCUCUUCCGCAAGGCCAUGUACCCGGUCAUGGUCCGCCGCGCCGAGACGUUCAUUUUGGACAUGCUCAAGGAAGCUGACAUCCUCGUGGGCCGCGACAUUGCGGUGCACAACCCCGAGAUCUUCCUCGAGUGGUCGCGCCAGGGCAUGCUCGCGAUCGGCGAGUCGUACAUGGCCAAGCAGUGGGAGUCGCUCAUUCCGCUCGACCAGCUCCUCACCAAGCUGCUCUUGCUGCCGUCCGACUCGAAGCGCAAGCUCUUCAAGUCGUGGGACGCCAAGCUCGUCGCGCUCGGUGGCCGCCUCUUCAACUACCAGUCGCCGUCGCGCGCUGGUAUCGUCGGUGCCCACCACUACGACAUUGGCAACGACUUUUACAAGCUCUGGCUCGACCCGUGGAUGCAAUAUUCGUGCGCGUACUUCAAGGACCUUCCGGACACGGACCUCGACCAAGCCCAGGAGAACAAGCUGCAUUUGAUCGCGAAGAAGCUCAAGAUGGAGCCGGGCAUGACCGUGCUCGAAAUUGGCUGCGGCUGGGGCGGCCUCGGCAUCUUCUUCGCCAAGCACUAUGGCGUGCACGUGACCGGCAUCACGAUCUCCAACGAGCAGCUCAAGGGCGCGCGCCUCCAGGCCGAGAAGGAGGGCGUGAGCCACCUCACGCAGUACACGUACUGCGACUACCGCAAGAUGACGGGGCAGUUUGACCGCGUCGUCUCGAUCGCGAUGCUCGAAGCCGUCGGCUACAUGAACAUGGACGAGUACUACACGGUCAUCAACCGGUGCCUCAAGAAGGGCGGUCUCUCGCUCGUGCACUCGAUCACGUCCAACCGGUCGACCAAGACUGCGCACCAGCUCUGGAUCCUCAAGUACAUCUUCCCCAACGGCUUCAUCCCGAGCGUCAAGCAAAUGUGCGAGUUUGCCGAGAAGAAGCUCGUCGUCGAGGACGUCCACAACAUUGGCCCGGACUACGACAAGACGCUCAUGGUCUGGAACACGCGUUUCCAGGAGCACCUCAAGGCCGGCAACAUCGACAAGAGCGACGUCUUUGUGCGCAUGUGGGAGUUCUACCUCCAGUACUGCGCCGCCGGCUUCCGCGCGCGCACGAUCCAGCUCCACCAGGUCGUGUACUCCAAGCACCGCGCCGGCCGCUACGACGCCGUCAGAUAAAUUCUUAUUCUCGCGGUCGUGUAUUAGUCUAUAGAAAUUCCAGUGCGUCGUUUGCGUGCUCUGCUCCUUCUUGCGUUCCACCGUAGUAGGAUAAUGCGUA